CCUGCGCUCGCUCCGUCAGUCAGCGAAGGGAUGCUCUGAACACAGGACUGCAGCAUCUUUUCUGAGAGACUACAGAAAAACCACCGCUUUGUACCAGAUUCUCAGCAUUCUCUUCCCUUUUGGAUCAUUCCGAAACCCACCCCUUGCCUCCAACGUCGAUUCGCAAGGUGUCUUCAUGCACGGAAAGAACACCGGAUAGCGCGUAUUUUUUUGUUUCACCACCUCUCCUUUUCCUCGAUUUAUUUCACCUCUUUGUCAUAUAAUAUUUUUUUGUUUUCUUUUUUUGUAUUUUGUUGACCGUUUCCUAUAGCUGUAAAACAGCGGAGCGCCAUCGUUCUGCAUUGCUUGGUAGGAAUACGCACGUUUACGUUGCGGCGGAAUGAAAUAGCCUACAUAUCAGUAGAUUGAUGGAAGAUUGAACCUCUCUAAAUUGCACGUUUAGUAUUGGUGGAACGGCACAGAAUUAAUCGGUUUGCUGGAUUUGUGAUGAGAUAACGGCCCCAAACAUAUCAACCGCUCCAGCAUCGCCUGUUGGUGUGAACAACAGUCCGGACGCUGCGCAUCUCGCUAUUCUCUGAAGGCAGCAAGGAUAAACGCGCAAGAGAUUCCUUUCGCGAGCAUAUACGCAUUUUAGCCUACAUUUCGUGUUCGCUUCAUCUAUACAGAGACACCUUCUUCCAAAAGCAGCGUUGCGCAAAGGAAUAAACGCAGACUAGAUACAUAACCCAGAGCCCUCUGUGAAAAUGAUGGCCGGCGGGGCAGUACAGCAAAACGGGAUUUUCUCGAAUCCUCACCAUCACAAUCAACAGCCGCACAUGGAGUCGGAUCCACCAGAUUCGCGUAAAAGACCGCUUGAGACCCCUACCGAGGCUAGCAGUACGAAACGCACAAACACUGGAGUGCCCUUCCUGCAGCCCCUUUUUGAAACUGAAGGCAUUCUAUUCCCUCACCAAGAAUCACACUCUGACGGCCAUGAGGAAGGCGAGUACUUCCUGAAGGUGCUGAUCCCCAGCUAUGCUGCCGGCUCCAUCAUUGGAAAGGGCGGCCAGACCAUCGUCCAGCUGCAGAAGGAGACAGGGGCCACCAUCAAGCUGUCCAAAUCCAAAGACUUCUACCCAGGUACGACGGAGCGCGUUUGUCUGAUCCAGGGCACGGUAGAGGCGCUGAACGGCGUGCAUAACUUCAUCGCUGAGAAGGUGAGGGAGAUGCCCCAGAGCAGCCAGAAGACAGAGACCGUCAGCAUCCUGCAGCCCCAGACCACCGUCAACCCGGACCGCAUCAAACAGGCCAAGCUGAUCGUGCCCAACAGCACGGCAGGCCUGAUCAUCGGUAAGGGCGGGGCCACGGUGAAGGCGGUGAUGGAGCAGAGCGGCGCCUGGGUGCAGCUGUCCCAGAAGCCCGAGGGCAUCAACCUGCAGGAGCGCGUGGUCACCAUCAGCGGGGAACCCGAGCAGAACCGCAAGGCGGUGGAAAUCAUCGUCCAGAAGAUCCAGGAGGACCCACAGAGCAGCAGCUGCCUCAACAUUUCCUACUCCAACAUCUCGGGCCCCGUGGCCAACUCCAACCCCACCGGCUCCCCCUACGCCAACUCUGCUGAGGUGAUGCCCUCCGCAGCUGCAGCCGCUGCCGCCACGGCCUCCAGCCUCCUGGGCCAGGCCAGCCUCGCGGGCGUGGGUGCCUUCCCCACCACCAUGUCCAGCUUCUCAGGCAAUGACCUGCUGACCAUCACCUCGGCUCUCAACACGCUGGCCAGCUACGGCUACAACACCAACUCCCUGGGCCUGGGUCUCAACCCUGCUGCUGCUAGCGGGGUGCUAGCUGCCGUGGCGGCUAACGCCAACCCAGCAGCAGCAGCCGCCGCUAACCUGUUAGCAUCUUACGCUAGCGACGCCUCCACCAGCGCGGGCCACCCGGCCGGCCUCGGGGGCUUUUCGCUGGGCUCGCUUGCGGCCGCUGGGGCGACCAAUGGCUACUUGAGCGCAGCGUCACCGCUGGUGGCGUCCUCGCUGCUAGCGACAGAGAAGCUGGCGGAAGGCGCUAAGGAAGUGGUGGAGAUCGCCGUGCCUGAGAAUCUGGUGGGAGCCAUCUUAGGGAAGGGAGGGAAGACGCUAGUGGAGUACCAGGAGCUGACUGGCGCCAGGAUCCAGAUCUCCAAGAAGGGCGAGUUCAUCCCGGGAACCCGGAACCGUAAAGUCACCAUCACGGGCUCCCAGGCCGCCACGCAGGCCGCGCAGUACCUGAUCAGCCAGCGAAUCACGUACGAGCAGGGGGUACGCGCCACCAACCCACAGAAGGUGGGAUAAAAGAGGGAUCGGAGAAACAGAAAAUAAAAGAGUGGAGGGAAAAAAAAGAGUGGGGGCUGGAUGAGGAAUGGAAUGUGAGAGAGUGAGUGACGGAAGAGAGAGGAGGAGAGCCAGAAUGUCGGAGAGGGAAUCGCGUGUUUUCCUCGUGUUUUCAGUAUUCAAAAAAUGAUGCGACGCAAAAAUCUGCUGGGAGAGAGGAGAAAGUGGCGAGCCGAAAAACCAAGAAAAAAAAAAACGUGUAAAAUGUAAAUAAGGGUUUUAUUACUUAAGUCUUGAUCUUUCGGGAUUUUUUAUUGUUUUGUUUUAUUGUUUUAGUAAAUUAAUAUUUUUUUUUGUCGUUCUGUGUAUUCUCCGGACAGUGGUGAAUGCCAAGUUAGACUGGCAUGCUGCCGUGCUGCAUUGUGGGUUAGAGGGGGUGGGGCGGUGGGGGUACUGGGGGUCCACCCCAUGGAAUCAGCCCCUCCCCCACCUCCACCCCCGUGUAGCUCACAAGAUAGGGUAUUUUCCCUUUUUCUUUUUUCUCUGCUUUCAGUUCUCAAUUUGCCCUGGCCCUCCCUGCGCUCACUGUGUUCCAACACUAUCUCCCCUAGAAGGUUCCCAUAAGACUGCAAGCAUCAGCUUGGUUAGAGAUCUGAAGAACAUCCCUGUAGUCCAUGACAACCCCCCUCCCUUCGCCCCUCCCCCCACCCUCACUCAGCCCCGCCCUUGGGCCAAGUGGGAGGUGGUGGUGGGGGGGGGGGGGGGUAGGCAGUCCCAGGUUCGCCCCCUCCAGUGUUUUUUCUAUAGUUUGACCGGCAAGGCGUAGCUACCUGGGGCUGUGUUUCACCCAGGUGCAUGCAACGCCCCUGCCACCCCCGUGUACACAGAGGUGACACGUACACGUGUGUACACGUAUGUAGAGACGCUCGAGGCCCCAUGCAGGCGCCCGCUCACACGCAUGAUCUCAAAGCUCCUGGUCGGGCCGGUCAUAGAUCGCCGAGCGACAAAUUACACACACAUUCACACAGUACACAGACCCUGAGGCUUUCUUUCAACAAACGCUUGCAGUCCGAUACAAUGAUUAUAUUAAUGUUAUUCUUAUGAUUAGAUAUCAUCUCCAUCGUCAUUAUUUAUUAAUAUGAUUUCACCCAUAAAGAUCGAUAUAUUCAGUUGUUUUUUUAAUCUGUGAAUUCAGGUUGACAUGAAUGUAAAGACUAUAUGUUUUGAUUUGAAUAUUUCUUUUUUUAUUUAAUAAGUGGAUUGAAUAUGAAUGGUAUGUCACAUAGUGUAAUAUAUGUCUUAUUUAAGUCCUGUAAUAAGAUAGGAAGAUAACAGACCCAUUUGGGAGCCGGGGAGGAGCAGUGUGUGUACCCAGCCAGUGUGGCGCAGGAUAGAAACCCACACACACACAUAGGAAACACAAUGACACCACUUUGAUGCUAAGAGGGAAUAUACUAUAUCAAGAUAGCAGAUGUCAGCCUAACAUAUCUUGUUAGUUUCAAAAACAACAACACUAAAGGCACAAGUGCAGCUUUCUCUAUGGGCAUAACAUUGCUCUCCAUAGUCACAACAAAACUCUAGUUUGAAUCUUCCGUCCCUUCAGUUUUCUGGUGGUAAAUAUUUCACUCAAAACGAUGUAUGUCUUGUAAGUGGUAGACCAGCACUGUGACUGGUCUAGUCUGGUCUGGUCCAGUCUGGUAAACUAAGCUCAGCCACGAGAACUCUGCACUUCAGCCUGGGCCCACACACACAAACACACACACACACUCUCACACACACACCGCCUAAACAGGCUCGGCCUUAUCCACAGAGGCGGAACACUUACAGUCCAGAGCCCCAAACCUGCAAGGACACACUAACAGACUACUGAGGACAGGGCUCGACACUGAAACGAACAAAACAA